AUGACUAAUCCAGAGGUUCGAGAAAUAUUCAAGACUAGGUCUAGAAUCAUUUCUUACAUUAGGUCGUUCCUGGACAAGCUUGAUUUCUUAGAGGUUGAAACACCUAUGAUGAAUAUGAUUGCUGGUGGUGCUGCUGCUAAGCCAUUUGUAACUCAUCAUAACGACCUUAACAUGAGAUUAUUCAUGAGAGUUGCUCCAGAACUCUAUCUCAAGGAGUUGGUUGUAGGUGGGCUGGACCGUGUUUAUGAAAUUGGGAAGCAAUUUAGGAACGAGGGUAUAGAUUUGACUCACAAUCUUGAGUUUACUACCUGUGAGUUCUAUAUGGCUUAUAUGGACUACAAUGACUUAAUGGAGAUAACAGAGAACAUGUUGAGUGCUAUGGUCAAGGAACUUACAAAUGGCAGCUAUAAAACCAAGUAUCAUGCAAAUGGUAUUGAUAAGGAUCCUAUUGAAAUCGACUUUACUCCACCAUUCAGAAGGAUUGACAUGAUUGAAGGAUUAGAGCAGAUUGCUGGCCUCAGUAUUCCAAAGACUUGGCUAGUGAUGAAACUAAUCAAUAUCUUGUUGGGCACUUUUUUGGAGGAAACAUGUGUCAAUUCCACAUUCAUCAUAAACCAUCCUGAGAUAAUGAGUCUGUUGGCGAAGUGGCACAGAUCAAAACCUAGCCUUACUGAGCGUUUUGAAUUGUUUGUUAACAAACAUGAGAUUUGCAACACAUAUACUGAAUUGAAUGACCCUGUGGUACAGCGACAAAGAUUUGCUUGA